AUGCUAACCCUUCCCACCGCCUACCGGCUACUCACCUUGGUGAGCCUGACAUACAGCUCCCCAACGCAAGCCUCGACGAACGUGAUCCCUUAUAUGCCCCAAGACUACACCUACCGCGGCGGCGUCAAAGAUCCUAAGAGCGGUCUCGACCUCAACCCAACCGUUAUGAUCCCUCGCUAUAACGAAGACAAAUGGCUUAACUUUUGCGCACGGUAUGACAAUAACUUGAGCGGCUUCUGGAUUGCCGGCAACAAGGCAUCCGCAAAUACCACAUGCUACCAGGACAAGAACGUCUUGUCAGAAGACCCAACGACUAAACCAGCUGGCGUCAAGGUCUGGCCCAAGAGCUCUGCGCCUGGUCGCGGGCCCUGCGUGCAGCUUUUGACUGAUAACCACGCUCUUGCGAAUGAACGCGCGGGUUGGUGGCCUGGCCGAAACGUCAACUGUGUGCUCUUCUGGACAAACAACUGUGUCUAUGACUACAAAAGUGACAGUGGGACCUACUUGCCCAACUCACCCGCAACAGUCCUACCGCCGCCGGGCAUGGCGGUGUUUGAGGCAGGGCCCUGGCAGGACUCAACCCUGAAUUCCAUGUGGUUCAAGGACCCAUUCAGUAAGAAUGACCGAAAGACCGCAUCGGGUCCUUCGAGCUAUAAGUGCUAUAUCAGGGGCCAGACUUUUGAUGGUAAUAACAAGGACAGUCCAGUGGGAUGGGGAAUCAAGCCGGAUGACAAGAGUCCUCCGCCCGGGGCGAAUGCAAGGAACUUGCACUUUGGUGGGGAGGGAGACCGGUAA